GCAGUUCAACUUCAACUACUUCAUUCACAGUACAUGAACAUUGCCUUCGCCUUGAAGAAAUUACAUUUGAAGUGUAAUUUGUUUGAAGGUUUCUAUAAGUUCCGGGAAGUUUUUUUCAAACAUCAAUUUGCUAAAAUGGGUUUGCUAACAGAAGGAAGUCCACUAUCUUGGGAAGAAACUAAAGCUCUAGCAGAACAUGUUAGACAACACGGUGUUGAACAAUUUAUUAAUCUUUAUCGAAAGCUGCGGGAUCGCACCGGGGAUGUUCUCAAAUGGGGAGAUGAAGUAGAAUAUAUUAUUGUUAAAUUUGAUGAUGACAAUCAACGUGCAACUGUAAGUUUAAGGGCUGAUGAAAUUUUACCAGAAUUACAGAAAAAGGAAGUGGAAGACCCUGAAAAUGUGAAAUCUCUUUGGAGACCAGAAUAUGGAGCUUACAUGAUAGAAGGCACACCCGGGAAACCGUAUGGAGGUUUAUUGGCUCAUUUUAAUAUAGUUGAGGCAAAUAUGAAAUUUCGGAGAGCUGAAGCAAGUACUUUGUUGAAAGACGGAGAAGUUAUUAUGAGCAUUACUAAUUUUCCAAGGUUAGGUUGUCCAGGCUUUACAACUCCGCCCUACGUAGCAACGCCCGGGAAGGGCGUCACAAUGUCACACUUCUUUCCGGAUGACGGCAUCUACCCUGGACAUCCUAGAUUUAAAACACUCACAUCUAACAUAAGGAACAGAAGAGGAGAGAAAGUUGCAAUUAAUUUACCAAUAUAUCGAGAUACGAAUACAAAGAUACCGGUAGACAAUUACCAUGAGUUGGAGAAAGGCGUGGCCCGUCCCGACUGCGUGUACAUGGAUGCCAUGGGCUUCGGGAUGGGCUGUUGUUGUCUUCAACUCACGUUCCAAGCGUGCUGCAUCAUUGAAGCUCGCACACUGUACGACCAGUUGGCGCCACUGUGUCCUAUAAUGCUGGCGCUGUCAGCCGCAUCGCCGAUCUACCGCGGGUACCUGACCGACGUGGACUGCCGGUGGAACGUAAUAUCCGCAUCCGUCGACGACCGCACAAGGCAAGAGCGGGGCGUGGAGCCGCUCACACAUGACAAGUUUCGCAUUCAGAAGUCGAGAUACGACUCCAUUGAUUCGUACUUGUCGCCGGAACAUGAGAAGUAUAACGACAUCCCGAUAGUGCACGACCCCGCCAUCUAUCGGCGGCUGCGGGAGGGCGGCAUCGACCACCCGCUGGCGCUGCACGUGGCCCACCUCUUCAUCAGGGACUCCGUCUCGCUGUUCUCAGAGAAGGUCAACCAGGACGACAGCAACGACACUGAUCACUUUGAGAACAUACAGUCAACUAACUGGCAGACGAUGCGCUUUAAGCCGCCUCCCCCCAACUCGCCGAUCGGGUGGCGGGUGGAGUUCCGGCCGUGCGAGGCUCAGCUCACGGACUUCGAGAACGCGGCCUACGUCUGCUUCGUGGUGCUCCUCACCAGGGUCAUACUCUCCUACCGGCUCACCUUCGUGAUGCCCAUCAGCAAGGUAGACGAGAACAUGCAGCGGGCACAGAAGCGUGGUGCGUGCACGCAGGAGCGGUUCUGGUGGCGCCGCGACGUGCGCUCGCUCGACGCCGAUCACUACGCCGAGAUGUCGCUGGACGAGAUCGUCAACGGAAAGGACGGCGUGUUCCCGGGCCUAAUUCCGCUGAUCGAGACCUACUUGUCCGGUAUGGACGUCGAUGCUGACACGCACUGCUCGGUGCAGCAGUACUUGAAGCUGAUCCAGCGGCGGGCCAGCGGGGAGAUAUCCACCAUGGCCACCUGGAUGAGGGACUUUGUCACCAAACACCCGCAAUACCAAAAAGAUUCCGUCGUGACGGAGAAAAUAAACUACGAUCUGUUGAAAACCGCCCACGGGAUCCAGACGGGCAACAUUCCGGCACCAACGCUGCUCGGCAGCAGCAACAUCUCAAAAACUAAUGAAGACAUUCCAAAGGCAUUUACUAAGAUGAUGAAUCGGGACUGCCCCUAACCUGUGCAUGCUCAUACUUAGUAUACGUAUUAGAUAGAAGUUACACUGUAAAGGUCGGACUGCAUUUGAGCGGCGCUGCGCGGCGCUGCGCGGUGCGUCGCUUCACGUGGGAGGCUUUUUGCACAGGAUGCCGGCUAGAUAAUGGGUACCACAACGACGCUUAUUUCUGCCGUGAAGCAGUAAUGUGUAAACAUUAUUGCGUUUCGGUCUGAAGGGCGCCGUAGCUAGUGAAAUUACUGGGCAAAUGCGACUUAACAUCGUAUGUAUCACGGUGACGAGCGCAAUUGUAAUGCCGCUCAGAAAUCUUGGGUUUUUCAAGAAUCCUGAUGGGCAGGGCAGGGCGUAUCAAUUACCAUCAGUUGAACAUCCUGUUCGUCUCGUCCCUUAUUAAAAAAAAAAAAACAAAAACAAAAAACGUCACUCGACGGUACCUAUCCCAUUACAAGUGCAGUAAGCGGCAGCUCGCGUCAUUUCUAUACCAGUUCGUUAGUGACGAUUAUUUGGUCAUUCUUUCUUUAUAUGCAGAAGAAGAACGAAUUAUGGUAGAGAAAAAAAACAAAUGGAUUGCUGAGAUACCUAGCUCACGCUAUCAAGAAGGCGAAUAUCACUAUAUUUUGUUUCCUCGCCUUAUAAAUGACUCGGCACAAUUUCACACUUUUUUUGUGAUGUCGAAGACAAAAUUCUUUUUUUUUGACUUAACAAUUAACAGUACGCAUACUGAAGCGACGCACCGCUUCCUGUGUCGCACUGGGCGUCGCUGCACGUCAAAUUAUUCUCUCGGAGACAAGCCGCGACAAAAUGAUUGAAAUAAUAUUUCAAAGAUUUGUGCCGCACUGUGCAGCGCCGCUGUAAUGCGGUCCGGCUCUUACAGGAACCAGAACAGUGUAACUGCCCCCGAAAUUCACAAAUUAAAUACUUAAAUACACAGUGUGCUUAAAAUACGUAUUAAACCACAGACUUAGAACAUACUAUAUGUUUUAAAACUUUUAUCAUCGCGGAACUUUUACAUUGUAAUUAUUAUGACGGGUACUCACGGUAUAUAUUCUAUUGAUGUGAUGCCGAUAUUUCGAUCCAAUUGCAUGAAUCGUGGUCACGGCGGGUAGGGUGUGUGUGUAAAUUAAUUUAAUUUAACUGUUUUUUGUCAAUGGUCAACAGGUUGAAAAAACUGUUAAAUCGUCAACGGGUUUUGAAAAACCGGUUAAUGUAUUUAUAAAUAAUUUAGGUUUUUUAUUAGGUUUAUAUUUCGUCAAUAUAAUGCCAAGUCAACGUUUUAGUUCGCAAAUUCGUCAACUGUUUUGAAUUAAACUGUUUUAGUGAGGCAUUCAAUUUCUUCAUUUAUUGCGAGUUACGGACGAAGACGUUGAUUGAAUUUAUUAGCUUAUUAUGUUCAACAGGUUUUGUCGUUGAAGAAUAACAGUUAAUUCGUUAACGGAUAUAAAACUGUUAAUAAAAACAGAUUAUUGAUUUAACGACCACCUCUAACGGCGGGACUCCGGAGGCGGUGAGAAACACUUGACACAUUGUCAUUAAUAGUACAUCAAUCUGUCCACAUGGCGCCUAGUUCAUUUUGGUCUUUGAUUCCCUAAUUUCGACACACUCUACUGACGACAUCCAUACUUUCGGAUAUUUUUGUUGCAUUUGUACUGCAGAGAGAGACCACGGGAUUCCAUGUUUGCGCUAGCCUAAAACCAUCCUCCCUAUUAAAAUUGUUAGGAUGCUUUUUAAUUUCUAUAGCUUCUCUAACAAGCCGUGGGAUUUAUUGGCGUUCAGCAGAAUUCACUCGUGGGUUGCGCAGCUCGAUCGAGUGGUUGAUACCGGCUUUAAACAAGUGUUCGGCUGUUGCAAAUUUUUUAGGAUCGUUAUUUUUUUAUUCAUGCAAUUGGAUCAAAAUAUCGGCAUCUAAUCAAUAAAAUAUAUGUCGUGAGUACGUGAUAAUAAUUACAAUGUUAGAACAUACUAAGCGUAUAGACGAUCUGACAGUCCGAUAAUACGUAACCAAUUUUGACUUGUCAAUUUAUGUAUUAGCUUCUUUGAUAUAAAAUAUACUAAGGAGCUAAUUCCACAUUGGUAACAGGAACAAUAGAUUCGCUUUCCUUUUCUACCUUGCUGUGUCUUAGAGAUAUUCUUCUCUCUUGCACACUUUGUUGGUCUGUACACUAGAAUAUUUUAUUAUUAAUUUUAUCAAGAAAAUUGUAUGUUUGAAACAGGUUUACGUAUUAUUUGCUAGUGCAAUAAAACCUUAUUUUCUUUCGAAUUUAUUUCAUUUACACGUAUUAUGCAGAAAAUUUGCUGUUAAACGUGGUCUUUGUACUCAUUUUUACUAGUAUAGAAAUGUUAAAUACCUUGAGCAAUGUCGUUUUAACAUAGCUUUUAAUUAUAGAUAUUGAUUUUACAAAUAUUAUAUUGGGUUGUAUGAACUUCACGCUUUUAGUUCCAUAGUUGCACGGCUUAGCCUAGCAUUUUGUUUUAUGUGGGUACUUUAGUAUUUUUUUUAUUUAAAAUUCACAUUAAAAUUAUUUGAAUCGUGAUCUACGUGUAGUUAUUAGAGUUACUAGCCGCAAAUGAUUUGCAGAGGAAAAUGUUGCAAAUGCAAUAUAUCCACAGAAUAAUAAAUAACAGUAGUUAGAAAUGCGAAAUACCGAAACGCGAAUGAGUCGUCUCCUGUCAAAUGAGAGACUCCUGUCGCUAAACACAAAUAUUUUUUAUCUUUUAGCGGCUCUUUUGAUACUCGCCGUACAUUGCACUGUCAAAAUGCAAUUGGUUGGGCAAGUCUUUAGUUCAGUCGAUACAAGCCUUAAUCAUACAGGUUGUAUAUUUAAAAAUAAUCGACAGAAAGGGUAAACGAAAUAGCUGUUCUCAACGGAUAUUCAAGUUUCAAAAGAGACUGGCAUGGAUACAAACAGUAGAGAAAGAGAUAGAAAGCCAUGUCAGUCACGUACUCUGACAUGAGUGAAAACGAUAGAGGCCACGCCCACUGAGGUGGGGGGCGCGGGAUUGUAAGUCUAACCCUCGUACGAACGUACGUAUAAAAGAUUCUCCUCAACCUCCAACAUAGGUCAACAACACGCGGUGGCCGAGUAAAACUCUCGCUAACAAGUGUUAUUUAAAGUCGCUACUAGUAAAUUAUAAUUUCCCGAGUGGAGUGGCCGUUUAUUGUUGUCAUCCGUAGUCAUCCCGUCGAAAAAUUUACGCCGUACAAAGAUUCAGUUCAAAUCGGGUGCGGGGACGCUCUAAUGGGGUAUGACCUUAAGACUCCGACAAACAACGCAGUAGCCACAGACUCUGACCAGUGCCUUCUUGUGGAAUACGUGUUAAUAUUAAUGUUAUCGUUUCUUAAAAUAAUUAUGUAGUUGAAUUGUAUUGUUAGUAAUGUAAUGUUGAGACUACUAUGAUUUGGUCACAUGUAAAUUAAAUUUUUAAAUGGU